ACCAAAGUAGGUUCUAUAGUCUCUAUAGUGAAAAUAAUUUGAUGCCCAAACUCAAAUUGAAGUAAAUUCUUUUUGAAUAUUCACUGGAUCUACCAUGAAUAAAAUACUUAUUGCCUUUGCGGCUCUGAUUGCUGCAGCAUCUGCUUUUCCAUUUGGAUUGAGAGGUGAACCUAGUGUGUUGGCUGAAUGGGAAACAUAUAAGACCGCCCAUAAUAAGUCAUAUACUGCAUCUGAAGAAAAUUUCCGGUACAACCUUUACUUGGCAACCAGGGCUGGAGUCGAAACUCACAACAAAUUGUAUGAAAACAAUCUCGUUUCAUACCGAAGAGAAUUGGAUCAAUGGGCUGAUGCUAAAUUGAAAGAAAUUACCGUUCCAGGGGCAGACAAGGUGACCGAUGCCGAAUGGAAUGAAUACAAGGAAACAUAUGGCAAACGAUAUUCCGACGAGCAAGACGAAUUCCGUAGAACACUUUACUCCAGAAAAGUAGACGAAUUUGCCGAUUUUAAGAAACUGUACGAGAAUAAUAUCGUUUCGUGGUCUAAGAGAGUCAACCAAUUCACUGACCAUACUAACAAUGAAGGUCCAAGUUUCGGUUUAAUUAUUCCACGCACAACAUUACCACUAGCAACGAUUGAUGCAACUGGCAGAAUCACACUUCAAACUACAGAGCGCCCCUAAAAUACUCGUACAUUCAAACAUAACUCCAAAUUCUUAUUGAGCAUAGAUAUGUGGGCUCGGGCUAGUAAGUCGUGUUGUAUAGUUAGCUGAGCUCAUCAAAAUUGUUCGUUUAGAUUUUUCUUUUGCUUAGCUAAGCACGGCUAUUUCAGCAUUUUCGACACAGAACGUUAUUCUAAGCGAAUUGUUGUUCUACAGUGUGUCUGUAAAAACUACAGAUUUUUUUAUAAAAUUUAUUGUGUCAUAACUAGGUCCCACUUUUUGGACAAUAAA